AUGUUUGAUAAUUUGAAGGCGUUCAUUAGACACGGAAAAUCAGCUACACCUUCAAACAUUACCCUGAAGAACAACAUGGCUCAUAAACAAGCCAUGGAUGUGGCUUCCCUUGAAGUUGCGCCUGACAGCGUCGAUGCCUCCGAAUCUGCUUUUGCAGGCCAUUCGACUAUGCCUUCCGACUUGGACUACUCUGACGAGACUUCUAGCUCCUCUCAAGACGACGUCGGAAGAUGCAAGAAACAUGCUCCCACUGAAUGCAACCCGCUGCUGGACCACAAACACAAGAAGCAGCAAGUUGUUGAGGAUCACGCCCAAUAUCAACAACCAGGCCACGACCACUCUCAAGCUCAAGCUCACGCUCCGCAGUACGACUUCCAGACGGACCAUAACAGAGAUAACUACGAAUAUGCCUCUAGAAUCGUUGAAGAGGAGCGCAGACAGAGGAAGAAGCAACUGAAGUAUCCCAACCUUCACCAAUACGAAAUGAUGGAGAAACUUGGUGACGGUGCUUUCUCUGUCGUGUUCAAGGCGCUUCACAAGGAGUCUGGUCGCCACGUUGCCAUUAAGGUGCUCCGUAAGUACCAGAUGGAUAACGCCCAAAAGCAGGCUGUGUUAAAAGAGGUCAUCAUUAUGAGACAACUUAAACACCCCAACAUCGUCAACUUCAUUGAAUUUAUUGAGAGUGAGCCAUAUUACUACAUUGUUCAGGAGCUUGUCGGCGGCGGUGAAAUUUUCACUGCUAUUGUCAACUACACAUACCUUUCCGAGAACUUGGCUCGCCAUGUCAUUUACCAAACUGCUUUGGCCGUUCGUUACUUGCAUGAGGAAGUCGGCAUUGUUCACAGGGACAUUAAGCCCGAGAACUUACUUUUCGUCCCCACUGAGUUCAAGCCAUCGUACAAUCCUAUCUCCAAAUUGAGGCGUUCUGACGACCCCAAGACCAAAAAGGAUGAGGGCGAAUAUAUUCCUGGAGUCGGAGGUGGCACUAUCGGAACGGUGAAGCUUGCUGAUUUUGGCCUUUCCAAACAGAUCUGGGGCCACAACACUAAAACGCCUUGUGGCACGGUUGGCUAUACUGCACCAGAAAUUGUUCGUGACGAGCGUUACUCCAAAGAGGUUGACAUGUGGGCACUCGGAUGUGUGCUAUACACUGUCUUGUGUGGAUUCCCACCAUUCUACGACGAGCGCAUUGAGACUCUUACGGAGAAGGUUGCCAGAGGCGAAUACACUUUUUUGGCUCCAUGGUGGGACGAGAUCAGCUCCGGCGCCAAAUACUGCGUCUCGCGUCUUUUAACAGUUGACCCCAGACAGCGUUAUACCAUUGACGAGCUUCUUCAAGACCCAUGGUUGAGAGAAGCUGGAAGAGCUUAUGAGUCGGCACAGAAACCAAGUCAACCCAAGUUCUCCUCUCAAAUCGGCAGAUUGAACCUGAGCAUGUACAGACAAGAAUUGUACUCUCCCGCCGCGACCGCCAUGCGUGAUGCUUUUGACAUUUCCGCUGCAGUGCAUCGUGCUGGCGAAGAGAACGCCCUUCAGAACCAUAACCGCAAUGCGCUUCCAGAUAUGGUUGAAGAGGAAGAAGAUCUGGACAAUGAUUUUAAAGCUAAGCUUCGAAAUGAAAGCGAAGAUGCAGAGAGAAACAUGUUCGACUUGAAUUUGCACGGUGCAUCGAUAUUGGAAAGAAGAAAGCACAAACCGCUUUAUUAG